AUGACAACCGUGACCGAGCUCGAUGUCUGGCAUAUCCAAUGUAUCAAGCCUCGAUUAGAAACCGAUGAAGAUAGAAAGGAGUAUGUCGACGACGUGAAACGCUUCAUACCGGUCAGCUACUUCUGCUCAGCAAUCUUCGAUCUCAAGGCCCAUGGCGAAGUUGAAGCCAAAUUGGGUCUUAUUACCAAUCGUUCGCUCCUCGGUAUUCGUCCUUUGAGCCCAUGGUUCGAGUUCUACUGGACACAAGGCUUCCUCGACACAUUCGUUCGGAAGAAAGUCCCCAUCUUCAAUGAUAUAGCAGGUGUAGGGUUUUUUACACCAUGGGUGAGAGCCAUAUCGCUUCUCGCUGUGGCGGUGGGUGAUAAGGGCGGUGCCGUCGAGGUCAGCAAAGCGAUCUCCCUCGCAAUCCGAAAUAGCUUCAAUUUCGAGACGAGGGAACCGGACGAGGAACUUCGAAGAACGGGCAUUGACCGGUCAAAGGAGUACUUCCGCAAGGUGGAACAAAUGUUAGGCUUUGUUCGCGCUGCUAGCCAAGCAUGCGGAGUGCAACGCCAACUAAGGAAGUCCCGGUUGCCAUCAGACGUUGAAAUCAAUCUCUUCAAGACUAUCCUCGAGGUUCUUGAAAUCGGCUUCGACGCGCUUACCGUCAACGGCGAGGUUUUCCAACAGUGGCAGGAGAUUAUUUCUAGCGCACAAAACAAUUUGAAAACCUCUGGCGUCGCUACGGUAGGGAGCCUUGGCUUCGCGGUUUUUGGGAUUGGGCAGGCGUGUGUUGGCGCUGCUUAUAGUGGUGCUAGUGUUGCUGGUGCUGCUGGUGCCGCCCUGUUGUCGGAAGACCUGGCUGGGCAAUAUCGCGCCAUUCAGAGGCUCGCCCAGUGGCUAGUCAUGUACUCCAACAAGCCAGUCUCCUCUGAGGAAGACCUAGCCUCCGAAGCCCAGGAAAUGAAGGAUUUACGAGCCCAUCUUACUUCUCACGGCUUGGGACAGAACAGUUCGCUUGCCGACUACCAGGCUACGCUCGAUAAGGAGCUUGAGGUCCUGUGCAAGAGUCUGAAAGAGAUGAAGGAGAACCCAUCGAUGGAGCAUCUUUUCACCUAA